AUGGCUACUUCAAAAGCCCAGCAAGCCCCAGAUUGCUUCCGGCAAGGGAAGAGAGACAGGCUGAGGCCAGACCUAGAUGGUGGCGGCUCCCGAUCUCCAGCACAAGUGUUGGAAGCUGGGUCCGACACAGACAUGUUGCAGGCAUCUACUGAGGAUUUGUCCAUCUCAGAAUCAAAGCUGGCAGCUAUGCUGCAGGGUUUGCGUUCUUCCAGGAAAGCGGAUCUCCAAACUGCUGUGGAAGACAUACGUAAGGAGGUACAUGAUAUUGGUGCACGCAUAGGUGCCCUGGAGGAAUGCACUGAUGAAUUAUGCCUCGCCAACAAUGAGGUAGUGGACAAGAUCCACAAGAUUGAGAAGCUGGCAGACUAGGAGGAUCAAUCCCGGCGCAAUAAUAUUCGCGUCCGCGGCAUGUCUGAGUCGAUGCCCACAGAGGAAUUACAUACCUACUUACAGGGUCUCUUUCAAGCAUUGGCUCCAGACCUGGGACAAGGUGACUUGCGCAUUGACAGAGCCCAUCAUGUGCCCAAGCCCAAAAACCCGGAACAAGACAUCCCAAGGGCCAUUAUCAUCAGGCUGGAUUACUAUAGCUCCGAAGAAGCUGUGCUCACAGCGCAAAGGAAGACAGAGGUGAUGCCAGAUAACAAGAUAACCCUAUAUGCUGACUUAGCGCCAACAAUGGCUCGGAGACAGGAUUUUGUCAACAUAACCAUAUGCCUCCGAUAUAACAAAAUCCCGUAUCGGUGGGGCUUUCCAACAUAG